AUGAUUUAUAAUAUUAGAAUAGUUACUAAUUCAGGAAUGUUAAUGUAUGAAAAAAUGUGGUCAAAAAUAUGUGAAGAUAUGGAUAAUUUUAGUACUAUUGUACCAUCAUUACUUACUGCAAUGAUGAAAACAGGACAAUCUGCUAUUGGUAUGUCAUUAAAAUAUAUUGCUAUAAGUGGAAUAUCAGUUUCUAUUGCAAUUCAUUCAGGAACUGGAAUAUCUUGUUAUGUAUUUUAUGAAGAAAAAGAUGGAGAAGAAGUAGGUCAUUAUGUAAGUGAAGCAGUAUUAAGAGAGUUUAUUAAAUCAUAUCAAUUAGAAGAUGAAGAAAGUGUUAAAUUAAAAGAUUUUAAACAACUUCAAGACAUGUCAAUUUUUCAAAAUUUUAAUGUUUCAAUUGUUAGUGCAAUUAGAAAAAGUAUUAAAAUUAUUCUUCAAGACUUUAAGAAAAAACAAGGUGUUCUUUCUGCAGAAGUCUUUGAUCAUGAACGUGCUUCAAAUGAUAUUGAUUUACAAACAAGUGGAUUUGAAAUGUUAGCAAAUAUUAAAACUAUGGUUUUACUUAUUGAUUCGAUGAUGAGUCUUAAAAAUAUGGGAAAUAGUCAAUUAAAUGUAAUCGAAUUCACAACAAAUCGUUUAAUUAUUCAAAAAGUUAGAAUGGGCUGUUUAGCUGUUGUUGCUCAAAAAAGUAUUCUUCCAAAUGAAUUGGAAUUAGAAAUUAAAAAAUAUACUUCUUUAAUUAAUAUCGUUCAAACUCUUAUUGCUUCAUUACAGUAA